AUGUCGGCCAUGCUGAACCUAGCACGAACGCUGGGGGGCUUCAGCGUGUCAUACUUUCAAGUCCCCUGGGCACUCAAGCACGGAGCUUUACAAACAUUUGGAUGCGAAGCAGCUGUAGUUGCGGCGCUUUUCUUGCUUAUUGUUCCUGCGCUGCAGUUGAAAGGAAGAGUACUGAGGGUGAGUGAUAUGAUCUGA